UCGGGAGCCAGGCCCGAUCGAGCGUCAUUUUCCCAUCUCCUCUCAGAUCAUUCUGUGGUUGACCAUCAUGAGGAAGAUGCUUCUUUCUCUCUUGCUCCUUGCUGGUCUCUGGGGCUCUCUUGCCCAGAAAGAUCUCGAAAGGAAGGCGUUCGUUUUUCCAGAGGCAUCAAAAACGGCGCAUGUGGUCUUGAAGCCCACAAUGCGACGUCCGUUGACCAGUUUCACUCUGUGCAUGAGGUUCCACUCGGCCCUGACCUGCGGCUACAGCCUCUUCUCUUAUGCCACAAAGAGAAACCCCAACGCGAUCCUCCUCUUUGUGAAGAAACCCAAUCGAUUCGAUUUUUAUUUGGGCGGUAAAGCGGCCUUCACGGUUGCACCAAACUAUGUCAACAGCCAUGCUGGGAGGCACAUCUGCUUGAGUUGGGAAUCUUCCACUGGCUUAGUGGAGUUCUGGAUCAACGGUCAACCUCUGGUCCGGAAGAGCCUGAAGAAAGGCCAUGCUGUCCCCACCGAGGCAUCCGUUAUCCUCGGCCAAGAGCAAGAUUCCUUCAGAGGUGGCUUCGACAUCAAAGAAUCCUUCGUUGGGGAGAUCACGGACAUGUGGGAUCGUGUUCUGUCUCCCGAUGAAGUGGGCCAGGCCUGGUAUGUUGACGAUUUCCCUGGAAAUGUAAUUAACUGGAAAUCGUUAAACUACAAAACCCAAGGUAAUGUUAUUGUGAAGCCCGCUCUGGCUUCGUUCUACAGAGCUCCUGGGUAGACUUUGCAAAAAAAACAUAAAACGGGCAAAAGCAAUUUCCUCAACGUUGCUAUAUGAUGGUUCUGCUAAUGCUGCUCAUUCUGUUGAUUUCAGUCGUUCUCACCAAAUGAGAAAGCUUCCAUGAAAACUGUUGAUUCUGCAUCCUCCAAUAAAUUUUUAAAGUUUUGGUU